CAUGGCGUGUGACUACUUCACCCACAAGGGGGUACUGUUUCCAUGCCUGGAUUACUCCCCUGAGGUACUGAGCAACGUGGAGAACGAAUUCCAGGUGCGGGACGACGACGUCUUCAACAUCACCUACCCCAAGUCAGGCACUAACUGGAUGCUGGAGAUCCUGAGUCUGAUCCGUUGUGACGGGGACCCCGGCUGGGUGCGCAGCGUGCUGAACUGGGAGCGGGCGCCCUGGGUGGAGAACCGGACGGGGCUGGAGGCUGCCCUGAAAUACCCCCCGCCCCGGCUGCUCUGCUCCCACCUCCCCGUCCAGCUCUUCCCCAAGUCCCUGCAGCGCUCCAAGGCCAAGAUCAUCUACACCCUGCGCUGCCCCAAGGACGUCCUGGUCUCGCUGUACCACUUCUCCAAGCUUCUGUGUCUCUUCAAGGACCCUGGCUCACUGGACUCCUUCCUCGAGGACUUCCUGAGUGGGAACGUGCCGUAUGGCUCCUGGUUCGACCACAUCACUGGUUGGAUGGGGCUGAAGGGCAACGAGAACUUCUUCUCCAUCACCUACGAGGAGCUGCAGCAGGAUCCGUGGGGCAGCGUGCAGAGAAUCUGCCACUUCCUGGGGAAGGAGCUGAGUGAGGAGCAAGUGGCCGCGGUGGUGGAGAAUGCCUCCUUCCAGAGCAUGAAGGGGAACAAAAUGUCGAACUUCUCCCAGCUGAGGGACGAGUACAUGGACCACCAGAAGGGGGAAUUCCUGAGGAAAGGGAUCUGCGGUGACUGGAGGAACCAUCUCUCGGAGGUUCAGAGACAACGAUUCGACACCGUUUACCAGGAGCAGAUGCAGGGUCUGGGCAUGACCUUCCCCUGGGACUGACGGCCCCGCACCCACCACAUCUGCACCUGCA